AUUUUUCUAAACUGUCAUGGCGAUUUUGUGUCCUUGGAAAUAAACCGCGCCAGUGGCUCUCUCUCUCGUGGGCGGACCGGUGCGGACGUCUCGCCGGGUGAGAGCGCGUGUCCAGCGGCCGCAGCAGAUGAAGUGAAGGAAUAGAAGAUGAAAAUACACAAGAAGGACAAGCAGCAGAUGUUCACUGGUGUCCUGAAGCACACUCCUCCUCCUGCGGCCUCCUCUUCUUCCCCCCCCUCCUCCUCGGCUGCCUCCUCCUCCUCGGACCAAAAGACUAACGCACAAACGGUUCCCACAAUCCUUCGGGGUCACCUGGUCGUGGGGUCUAAGGACAGGCUCCGCCUCCUCCCCCCCGUUGGCAGCACGGCCAAUCACUGCGCGGUGUCCGGGGCCCACGCAGCCAAGCACUCCGGAGGAGCCGCGCGGCCUCCUUCCUCCCUCAGCGAGGAGGAUGACGGAGGAGGAGGAGGAGGAGGCGGCGGCAGGGUGAAGAAGAAACGGAAGAAAAAGGACAAGAGGGAGCGAGAGAGGGGGGGAGGGGAGGCGGAGGAACGAGAGAGCGGCAAACCAAAGAAACGAAAGGAGGAGAAGGAGGUGCCGACGGUCACGCUGAGGAGGAGCAGGGAGCCCAAGGAAGGAAAGGAGCGCAGGAGGGAGCCCCGGAAGGAGCCCCGGAAGGAGCCCACCCACGUGGCCAGAGGGAAACCCUCAGGGGCCACGGCGGCCCCCAAGGUCCCCGGGAAGAGGGGGAGGAAACCCAAGGUCAAGGUGCUUCCUCCGGGGGCCAACCAAGCACCUCCUCCUGUCCCAGGUCUCCUCCCCAAAGGACCGAGCCACGGCAAGACUCACCGAGCGGCCCCCAGCAAGACCCCGGCCCCCCUGGCCCCGAGGCAGAGGGGCCGCAAGCCCAGAGACCCGGGUGCAGCGCCGCUGGAGAAGAAGAAGAAGGGGAAGAGGAGAAACCAGGAGGCGGUCCAUAGGGGGGGGGACAGCGAUGACACCUCCUCUGUCCCUGUGGCAGGAGAAGACCUCCAGCACCUCCUGGACACCACGAAGCGGCGUUCCGGCCGCCAGGUGAAGAGGAGGAAGUACAACGAGGACCUGGACUUCAAGGUGGUGGACGACGACGGGGAGACCAUCGCCGUCCUCGGGGCCGGGCGCAUCUCGGCGCUGAACGCCACGGCGCUGGCCUGGCAGACCGAGGAACCGCCUGAAGAUGAAGCCAACAUCAUUGAGAAGAUUCUGUCUGUCAGACCAGUGAAGACAGAGACGUCUUCAGAGGACCAAGCGGAGGAGAAGGAGGAGUUCUACGUCAAGUACAGGAACUUUUCCUACCUUCACUGCAAGUGGGCCACGAUGGAGGAGCUGGAGAAAGAUCCCCGCAUCCAGCAGAAGAUCAAACGCUUCAGGACCAAGCAGGCCCAGAUGAAACACCUGUUCACUGAGCCCAAUGAGGACUUGUUCAACCCGGACUACCUGGAGGUGGACAGAGUGCUGGAGGUGGCGGUCACCACGGACACCGAGACUGGAGAGGAGGUCACCCACUACCUGGUGAAGUGGUGCAGCCUCUCGUACGAGGAGGCCACCUGGGAGCUGCAGGAGGACCUGGACCCCGAGAAGAUCAGGGAGUUUGAGGGGAUCCAGAAACUUCCUCCAGACCUGCGGCACAUGGACCGUCCUCUGGCGGAGAAAUGGAAGAAGCUGGACCACUCCAAGGAUUACAGGAACGGAAACCAGCUCCGGGAAUACCAGCUGGAGGGAAUGAACUGGUUACUGUUCAACUGGUACAACAGGAAAAACUGCAUCCUGGCGGACGAGAUGGGUCUGGGGAAGACCAUCCAGUCCAUCACCUUCCUGUACCAGAUCUUCAGCAUGGGCAUCCGGGGGCCCUUCCUCAUCAUCGCCCCCCUGUCCACCAUCACCAACUGGGAGAGGGAGUUCCGCAUGUGGACCAACCUGAACGUCAUCGUGUACCACGGCUCCCAGAUCAGCCGGCAGAUGAUCAUGCAGUACGAGAUGUUCUACAGAGACAAGCAGGGGAACACCAUGCCCGGGGUUCUGAAGUUCCAGGGCCUGAUCACCACCUUCGAGAUGAUCAUGGCCGACUGCCCCGACCUGAGGAAGCUGCACUGGCGCUGCGUGGUGAUCGACGAGGCGCACCGCCUGAAGAACAGGAACUGCAAGCUGCUGGAGGGCCUGAAGCUCAUGAACCUGGAACACAAGGUUCUGCUGACGGGAACCCCUCUGCAGAACUCGGUGGAGGAGUUGUUCAGCCUGCUGAACUUCCUGGAGCCGCUGCAGUUUCCCUCAGAGAGCACCUUCCUGGAAGAGUUCGGAGACCUGAAGACAGACGAACAGGUGAAGAAGCUCCAGGCCAUCCUGAAGCCCAUGAUGUUGAGGAGGCUGAAGGACGACGUGGAGAAGAACCUGGCGCCUAAAGAGGAGACCAUCAUCGAGGUGGAGCUCACCAACAUCCAGAAGAAAUACUACCGAGCCAUCCUGGAGAAGAACUUCUCGUUCCUGUCCAGAGGAGCUCACCAGCACAACAUGCCCAACCUCAUCAACACCAUGAUGGAGCUGCGCAAGUGCUGCAACCACCCGUACCUCAUCACAGGCGCCGAGGAGAAGAUCCUGGAUGGCUUCCGGCGGUACCACAGCCCCGACGCGCUGGACUUCCAGCUGCAGGCGAUGAUCCAGGCGGCCGGGAAGCUGGUUCUGAUCGACAAGCUGCUGCCCAAGCUGCUGUCCGGGGGCCACAAGGUGCUGGUCUUCUCCCAGAUGGUCCGCUGCCUGGACAUCAUGGAGGACUACCUCAUCCAGAGAAGGUACAUAUACGAGCGCAUCGACGGCCGCGUCCGGGGGAACAUGCGUCAGGCCGCCAUCGACCGGUUCUGCAAGCCGGACUCGGACCGCUUCGUGUUCCUGCUGUGCACGCGGGCCGGAGGGCUGGGCAUCAACCUCACGGCCGCAGACACCUGCAUCAUCUUCGACUCGGACUGGAACCCCCAGAACGACCUGCAGGCUCAGGCGCGCUGCCACCGGAUUGGCCAGAGCAAGGCGGUGAAGGUCUACCGGCUCAUCACCAGGAACUCCUACGAGAGGGAGAUGUUCGACAAGGCCAGCCUGAAGCUGGGCCUGGACAAGGCCGUGCUGCAGGACAUCAGCCGCAAGGGCAGCCUUAACGGGGUGCAGCAGCUGUCCAAGCUGGAGGUGGAGGACCUGCUGAAGAAAGGAGCGUACGGAGCGCUGAUGGACGAGGGAGACGAGGGCUCCAAGUUCUGUGAGGAAGACAUAGACCAGAUCCUCCAGAGACGGACUCAGACCAUCACCAUCCAGAACGAAGGGAAGGGGUCCACCUUCGCCAAGGCCAGUUUCAUCUCCUCUGGAAACAGAACAGACAUUUCUCUGGACGACCCGAACUUCUGGCAGAAAUGGGCGAAGAUCGCUGAGGUGGAGAUCGACUCCAAGACUGAGAAGGAGUCCCUGGUGAUCGACACCCCCCGCGUGAGGAAGCAGACGCGUCACUACAACUCGUUCGAGGACGACGAGCUGAUGGAGUUCUCUGAGCUGGACAGCGACUCUGAGGAGCGGCCAUGUCGGAGCCGCCGGCUCGGAGAGAGCCGCCGCUACCUGAGGGCGGAGUGCUUCAGGGUGGAGAAGAACCUGCUGGUCUACGGGUGGGGUCGGUGGAACGACAUCAUGAACCAGGGUCGCUUCAAGUGGCACCUGUCGGAGCGCGACAUGGAGCUGAUCUGCCGGGCGCUGCUGGUCUACUGCCUGAGGCACUACAAGGGGGACGACAAGAUCAAGAGCUUCAUCUGGGACCUGAUCACCCCCACCAAGGAGGGCGAGGACCAGGACCUGCUCAACCACUCCGGCCUGUCGGCCCCGGUCCCUCGGGGGCGGAAGGGGAAGAAGAUGAAGAACCCGCUGAACGUUCCUGAGGCGAAGAACGCCGACUGGCUGACUCACUGCAACCCGGAGGUGCUGCUGCAGGACGAGAGCUACAAGAAGCACCUGAAGCAGCACUGCAACAAGGUGCUGCUGAGGGUCCGGAUGCUCUACUACCUGAAGGUGGAGGUCUUGGGUGAAGCUGCCACUCAGGCUGGAGAGGGGACAUCUGCCAGUAAACUGGAGGUGUCUCUACCGGACAUCGACUACAUCGAGAUCCCAGCCGCUUGGUGGGACGCCGACGCCGACAAGUCUCUGCUCAUCGGAGUCCACAAGCACGGCUACGAGCGCUACAACGCCAUGCGGGCCGACCCAGACUUGUGUUUCCUGGAGAGAGUCGGGAUGCCAGACGUCACCGCUCUGUCUGCUGAGCAGGGCGGGGGGGAGGGGGGGGCGGACAUGACUGACAGCGUGAACAAAACGGAGGAGGUGAAGAACGAAGCGGAAGGCAAAGUGGAAGGAGGAGAGGACCGAGACGAGAGCAGCAAGGGAGAAGAAACCUGCUCCAGCACCGACACGCCGGACAAGCCGGACAGCACCGGUCCAGACUCUCAGAUGUCCGGGGACCUGUGCGUCCAGGACGGCGCUCUGGUCACCACCACCAGCAGCACGGCGGCGGUGGGCACCGGGGUGGCGUCGCUCCACGUGGUCCAGGCCCGCCCCCUGUGGCCCUCUGGCCCGGCGCUGACGGCCCGCCUGCGGCGCCUCAUCACGGCGUACCAGCGCUUCACGCUGCGCCGUGAGCCGCCGCUGCGCCACGACUUCCUGCUCCACGACGGCCUGGUCGGCAUGGGAGGGGGAGGGGCCGGGGGCGGAGCCGGCCACGGUCACCACGGCGCCGGGCCGCUGGCGUGGCAGCUGGGGGAGGAGCUACGGCGCUGCUCCGUGGUCGCCACGGAAUCAGACCCGCUGUUCCUGGAGUGGCAGAGGAGGUGGACCCGCAGAGAGCAGGCGGACUUCUACCGCACCGUGUCCUCGUACGGCGUGGUCUUCGACCAGGACCGCAAGUCCUUCGACUGGACCCAGUUCAGGGCCCUGGCCCGGCUGGAGAGGAAGACGGACCCGAGCCUGGAGAGAUACUUCAACUGCUUCAUCAACAUGUGCAGGACGGCCUGCAAGCUGCCCCCCCGCAAGGAGGAGGGCUCGGUGGACCCCGCUGUGCUCGUGGACCCUCUGACGGAGGAGCGAGCGGCCCGGACUCUGUAUCGCAUCGAGCUGCUCCGAAAGAUCCGAGAGCAGGUGCUGCGCCACCCCUUGCUGUCGGCGCGCCUCCAGCUGAGCCGGCCCUCCCUCUACCUGCCGGUCUGGUGGGAGUCGGGUAAACACGACCGGGACCUCCUGCUGGGGGCGGCGCGCCACGGCUUGAGCCGCACGGACUUCUACAUCCUGAACGACCCCCAGCUGAGCUUCCUGGAGGCCCACAGGAACUACGUCAGGGGCCCCCCCUCCCACCUCCACCACCCUCACCUGAUGGCCCCCCCUCACUGCUGCCUGUACGACCCCCCUCAGCUCCCCGAGUACCCGCACCGCCACCAGCACCACCCGGGGCCUCCUCCGGCUCCUCCCUCCUCCGCCUCCUCCUCUCACCUCCACCCGCUACCACUGGACCACGCCCACAACUCCGCCUCCCCCAGUCUGGGCCUGGUCUCCGGGUCUCGGGGGGACUUCCUGGACUGCCCCCCCCUGGACGAAGGCCUGGAGCUGGUCUCCCUGCAGCACGACGCCAUGUCGGCCGAGGCGCUGCACGGGGGCAAGGCCUCCAAGGACGCGCUGAACGGGUUCCCCUUCAACUCGGCGGCGGGGGGGCAGAGCAUGCUGAACUCGUACGGCGUGGGGGGGGCGGACCUCCACUCCAAGCUGAGGAGCGACGUCCUGGUGGGGGAGCAGGGCUCCUCGGAGGAGACCGGCCUCAUGGCGCCUUCGGUGGAGCUGGAUCAGCUUCAGGCUCCCUGGGACGGGACGGACCACCACAGUCCGGCUCACCACAUGUUCAACGAGUCCGACCCGAUCCUGGGUCCCUCGGCUCUGGAGGCCGGCUUCCUGGAGGAGGAGGACGAGGAGGCGCAGGGAGGAGGAGGCGAGGCAGGUGGCACGCUAGAGGAGUGUCUGGGCCUCCCGCCCUCCUCCUCCCCCUCCCACCCCUCUGCAGGAGACCCCGUGGAGCCGCUGUCCUCCAGCUACAUGCUCUUCAAGGACAUCGGGGUCACCGAGGAACCGAGCGCCGACCAGACCGACCUGUCGGCCAGCCCCCCGCCCCCCUACGUGCCCCCGGCCUCUCUCUCCCUGUCGGACAUCACUGCCCACGAGCCGCCGCGGGAUAGGCUGGGCCACUCCGAUGAUGUCACCGAGAGCCUGGCCAAUCCCGCGGAGGAAGGACUAGAUCAAAGUCUGGGGAGAGACCAACGUCUGGGGGUCUUGGAUCCGCCCACGGAGGUCAUGGCAGAGCCCGGACCAGGAGACCAGGGUAAAGAAGACCUUCGGGGGAGCUUCAGCCAAUCGAAGCACAACGAGGAGGAGGAGUCGCCUGGAGACGCCCACCCGUACCUGGGGAAGCUGGAGUCCAUUGAGGAGCCCGGACAGGAAGUGGACGGGCUGAUUCUGACCAUGGGGAACUCUCUGGACACGGAAACUCUGCUGGGGGACAUGGCCGGAGAGGACCUGGCAGGUCAAGUGGAUGAGGUCUCCAAUGGGCGGGUGGAUCAGGAGUCCCUCAUGGAGGUUCAACCCUGUGAUGAGACCACAGAGAAACCCAGUGAGAUGGUGCUGCAGAGCAUUUAUUCUGCCUACGCAUUGCCCUCCUGCUCGGCUGCUUCCGUCUUACCCGCGACGGUGGAGUCAAAGAAUGGAGCUGGACUCAAAGGUGAAGAGUCCAUGGACCAGGACCACUAUGGCGGAGCAGCUGAAGACCUGAACGUGCCAGAUGGCAGCAGAGACUGUAAGAACAGAGACCUGGCGUUCUCCCUCGAGCAGGAUGAGAUCAACAUGGCCGCCUCCCUUCCUGCGGACGGGAUUGACACCAAGCCGCCUGAUCUGAAGUUUCCUGCGUCACCAGACGGAGGCGGUGAGAAGAAACCUCACGAGCUAGAGCUGCCGGUCAAGGUGGAGGAGACCAAGACGGAGACGGCUGGCCAUGUCUACCCUGACGGCUCUGAAUUCAGACACGAGAAGUUCCUCUCCUACCGGGUCAAGUCAGAACACCUGGUGACCAAAGCUGAGCCUGAAGAUCUCAGCCCCCCCAUGAAGGCUGAGAGCUUAGACACUAAACCCGAAGGCCUCCAGUUUGCGGUCUACUCGCAUGGCGCCGAAAUCAAACCCGAAGCUAAACCAGUAGCUCUCGGGUUUGCGCCCCAUCCAGACGGAGCUAAGCUCAAGAUGGAGGCGGAGCUAAUAGCUUUUCCUGACACGUCUGCCAUCAAGCCUGAAGCCAAGUUGGAGGGUCCGGAGUUCUCCACCUACCCAGACAGCUCUGAGAUCAAACCCGAGGCCAAGCCGGAAGACCUGGACUUCUCGGCGUUCCCGGAGAUCAAAGCCGAGGCGAAGCAGGAGCUGCUGGAGGCCGACAGCACCGUCCUGACCCCGAAGCUCGAGCAGGCCGACGGGCUGGUGGACUCCUCCGAGAGUCUGGAGGGGAAAGGCCAGAUGAAGGAGGAGCGGCCAGCUACGCCAGUGUCGGUGGUGGAAGGUUACGCCGGCAGCCCCCGGUUUGCCGCCCCGGUGUCGAUGUGUGAACUGCCCGAGGGCUUCCAGGACUCCAGGGAGCCGACCAUCGCCCAGCUGCUCCAGGAGAAAGCUCUGUACUCGUUCUCCGAGUGGCCCAAAGACCGGGUCAUCAUCAACCGCCUGGACAGCAUCUGUCACGCCAUCCUGAAAGGGAAGUGGCCUUCGUCCAGCGAGCAGUACGACUCGCCCGGCGCCUGCCUGGCCAACAGUCUGGCCCAGCAGCAGCAGCAGCAGCAGCAGCAGCAGCAGCACCAGCAGCAGCAGCAGCAGCACCAGCAGCACCAGCAGCACCAGCAGCAGCAGCAGCAGCAGCAGCAGCACCAGCAGCACCAGCAGCACCAGCAGCAGCAGCAGCAGCAGCAGCACCAGCAGCACCAGCAGCACCAGCACCAGCAGCAGCACCAGGCCAGCUUCCUGCUCACCACCGGCCCCGGACAGCCCCGGAUCCAGCAGACCGGCCCGGGUCUGGGCUUCUCCAUCCCCCCCCCUCUCACCAGACUCCCCAAGGAGAGGCUGGUGGCGCCGCCGUACCUCCCCGAGCUCAAGCGGGCGGGAGGUCGGAGGUCAUUCGACUACGAGGCCGCCGCCGCCGCCAAGGCUUUAUCUGGGAGGUCGGUCUCCACGAGCUCCGGUGGCGGCGGCGCUCCGGUGGUGGCCCCGCCCUCUCACCACGGCGCCGCCAUGUUGCUUAACGGCUGGCAGCAGGAGACGGCCAUCGACCUCACCAAGUCGUCCGGCGACGGCGUUGUGUCCGGGGACGGCGUUGUGUCCGGGGACGCCGCGGCAACCGGACACCCGCCGCCGCCCAUCACGGCGCCGCUGCCGGGCGCCGUGGGGAUGGACAUGGCCGGCAUCCUGCAGGCCGGCCUCAUCCACCCCGUCACGGGCCAGAUCGUCAACGGGACCCUGAGGGGGGACGACUCCCUGAGGAGCAGGAGGGGCAGGAGGAGAAACGUGGAGGCGCUGUACUCCGAGUUCACCAAGAGCAGAGGACUGCACCUCCCGACCGACACGCAGGGCCGAGUGGAGCUGAUAAGCCACUCCUCCGUCUCCUCCUCCACCUCCUCGCCUUCCCCUUCUUCCUCGGAGCGCCUCCCCGGCCCCCCCACCCCCUCCUCCUCCUCCAGACCGACCCCCGCCCAGACGCCGCCGCAGCCGGAGAUCGUGGCGCUGGACCGGGAGGCGGCCGGCAAGGGGCUGAUGGAGUGGCUGAGGCAGAACCCGGGCUACAGCAUGGACCUGCCCGCCUUCCCCCACUCUGGGUCCGGUCUCCUUCAGGGCUUCGUGGAGCGUCCUAAGCAGCGGAGACAUCGCUGUAAAGACCCGACCAAGCUGGACAUCAACUCUCUGACGGGGGAGGAGAGAGUCCCCGUCGUCCACCGGGGGACCGGCCGCCGGCUCGGUGGUGCGAUGGCUCCGGCCAUCAAGGAACUCUCCCGUUGGCUCGACGCCAACUCGGAGUACUACGUGUCCCCGGACUGGGCGGACGUGGUCAAACACUCGGGUUUCCUCCCCGAGGUGAAGUUCUGUCGUAUCCUGACGGAGCCGGUGAACAGGGACCCGGGUUCUCGGCGCCGUGGGCGUCGCCCUCGCAGCGAGAUGCCGAAGCCGCUGCUGUCCCUCUCUGACUCCGGCCCGCCCCUCUUCAUGAACGGCGGCCUGAUCGGCAGCAUGGACUCCAUGGUGGCGAUGCAGAGCCUGCGCGGCGGCCUCCACGGGAUCCCCAUCUCCGGCAUCAUGGCGGCCGGCUUCCCUCACUGCUUCUCCGCGGGCGCCGCCGCGUCGGCGGAGGACGCCAAGAACGGGCUGAGCAUGUUACCCAUGAUGCUGCACGGCAUCCCGCACGGCGGCGCCAUGUCGCAGCACGCCCUGUUCAGCGUGGGCGCCAUGAUGGCCCACGCGGCUCCGCCCCCCCACACAAGCUCCUCCUCCUCUUCCUCCUCGUCCUCCACGAAGGUCACCACGACCACCGCGGCGGCGUCCGAGGCCGCCAGCCCUUCGUCCACCACCCCCGCCGACCAGGAGGGCGCCGCCUCCGGCGAGAACGAGAGGAGCCGGGAGGAGAAAGGGGCGUCGGCCGUCGUGACCUCCGCGGCCGGGCGCCGGCUGGGCGCCGCCCACCUGGGCGCCGGCAGCCACCUGACCUUCAACCCCUUCCUGAUCCCCAGCAUGUCCCACGGCCUGCUGUACCCGCACAUGUUCCUCCCCCACGGCGGCAUCAUGGCGCUGCCCGCCAUGCCGCCCGGGGCGGAGCCGGGGAGCCCCAAGAGGAGGAGGAAGAGGGGGCGGGAGGAGGCGCAGAGGGAGGAGGAGGAGGAGAAGGCCGUGAAGGUGGAGGAGACGGAAAGUACAGUCGAGGCCGACGCCUCCUCCCCGUCGGCCUCCGCCCCCCCAGAGCCACAGGAACCGGACUCCCAAGAGCCUCCGGCAGAGGAGAAAGAGGAGGCGCAGGAGGAGGAGGAGGAGCAGAGACAGGUGGAAGGGGAGCCGGAGGAGGCGUAGAGGAGCUCCCGUGUAAAGUGUGUGCCGUGUCUCAGUCGAUGUCCAUGAAGACUUUUAUUAAAAGGACUAUACUCAACUUGGUUCUGUUUAUACACCAAGCCCCGCCCCUUCCCAAGCCACGCCCCCCACCUCCUCCUUGUAUACAAAGCCCGUGUAAGAAACUCCGUGUGCUCCUCCGCCCUGCAUCUGGACUGAGACUCCGCCUCCUGCCGCGUGAAGGAGGAGAACUUUGUACGUCAGUGUUUCAGAGGCUCCGCCCCCUUCCCCCAAUUCUGACUUCAUUAUCAAUGCUAUGCCGUUGAAGCUCAGAGCCCCGCCCCCCCGGAGGCACAGGACCAUCAUGAGGUCCUGGGUUCGAUUCCCGUUCAAAUCAUGAGACACAAAGUCACUUUGACAAGCGUUUCGGCCUAAUCAGAGGAGGAGCAGGAGGAGCUGCGCCUCCUUUCUUCUCCUCUGAUUAGUUUUAAAGAGUUUCUGAAUAUGUAUCGCUGUAUAUUGCUGUUUCCGUUCUUCCUGCGGCUGAGAGAGAGAGGGGCAUUGUGGGUAAUCAGACUGUACAUUAAAGGAUCCGCUCAGAACCGGGUUCCCUGUUCUGGUCCUGUGUCUGA